AUGCCUCGCAAUAUCUAUCUAUCUAUCUAUCCAUCUAUCAUUUUAUUUUUACGAUUUAUAAAAAAAUUGUAUUUUUUUUUUCAUUUUUUUAUCCUUAAAACAAUAUCUAUCUAUCUAUCUAUCUAUCUAUCUAUCUAUCUAUCUAUCUAUCUAUCUAUCUAUCAUUUUAUUUUUACGAUUUAUAAAAAAAAAAUCCAUUGUUUUCGCGAACUAAAACCUCUACAUGUCCUCUUUUCUCAGUGUCUAAAUUUCAUAGGCCGACUUUUCAAUGCGACUGCUACAACGACGAUGAUAUUUCUUGAAGUCCUUAUCUCUGACUCGCCACUGGACCGACUCACUGCAACGACAGUCUCUCUCUCUCUCUCUUUCUCUCUUUCUCUCUCUCUCUCUCUCUCUCUCUCUCAACUGAAUUGUGUCGAUCGCCACGCUGAGAAGACACCGCACAAAGUCGCUCUUAUAUGGGAAAAAGAUGAGCCGGGAAUGCAUGAAUUUGUAACCUAUAGACAGCUCCAAGAGAUGGUCAAUCAAUUCGCUAAUAUGCUUCGAGCAAACAAUGUCCGGAAAGGUGAUCGCGUGGCCCUUUAUCUACCAAUGUGCCCGACGGUCGUGGUCGCCAUGUUGGCAUGCGCCCGAAUUGGUGCCAUGCACAGCGUGAUAUUCGCUGGGUUCAGUGCCGAGGCAUUAACAGGAAGAAUCCAAGAUGCUCAGGCAAAUACAGUGAUCACAGCUGAUCAAGGUGUGAGAGGAGGCAAAAAAAUCGAACUAAAAAAAAUUGUCGACGAUGCUGUAGCCAAAUGUCCAUCUGUACAGCAAGUUUUCGUUUACAAACGGACGGGAGCUGAUGUUCCAAUGGGUCCCAAGGAUAUUCCACUCGACCAGGCACUGAAAGGGAUGCCGAAAUCUGUGUGCAAGCCAAUGGAAAUGGAUAGCGAAGAUCCUUUGUUUAUGCUCUACACUUCGGGUAGUACAGGAAAGCCAAAAGGUGUUGUGCACACAACAGCCGGAUAUCUUAUCUACGUUUCUACCACACAUAAGCAUGUCUUCGAUUACCGUGAAGGGGAAAUCUUUGGCUGUGUCGCUGAUGUUGGUUGGAUUACAGGACACAGCUAUGUUGUAUACGGCCCUCUGUGCAAUGGGGCCACCACGCUAUUGUUUGAGAGUACUCCCACCUACCCCGACCCUGGUCGAUAUUGGGAAACAGUUGAGAGGUUAAAAAUCAAUCACCUUUACCUGGCACCGACAGCGAUUCGAUUGCUUUUGAAAUCGGGCGACGCCCACGUUAGAAAAUACGACAGGUCUUCGCUCAGGAUUCUUGGAAGUGUGAUUGUGUUCACCACCAUCACUUGA